AUGGUGGGCAUGUGGCGUCGGAACGGUGAGGCUUUGGAGCAUGAGAGCGAGUUCUAUCGGAUGAACUAUUGGCAUCACCUGCUGAUUGACGCGGAUCUACUGGUCUUGCGUCUUUCGACUUUGAUGGUGAGGCCUGAAAGCUUCUUCCGCAUCACGAUGAAGCGGUUCGAGCUCCACCGGUGGCUGGAGAAGGGCGAUCCUUUGGCCAGGCUUUUAUCCGCCAAAGCGCGGGACGCGGAGCAAGAGAGCGAUCCCUUUGCGAUGCAAAAGCUUCAAAGCUAUGUGCUCUUUUUGUACCACAUGCUGAGUGGACACACGCCUUUGUCUUUGACCUGGCAGCAGCUCGUGACCCACACCACCAGGCAGUUUCUGGGCGUCGGGGCCAAGAGCCAUUCGCAGCUGUGGGAUCCUCGUUUGGAACGCUCCACCGCAACGGCCAUGGUCAACGACCAGCAGACGUUGGAAGCUGCAUUGAAGGAGAUCAGCGACUUCUCGGCGGCCGAUGGCACCGGCCACGGUUCCGCCAAGUACCAUUUGAACAGCUCGCAGUGGUUUGCUGUGGACCCCUACUUCCAUCUCCUCAGUUGGAGUGAGCAGCAAAAAGUGGAGGAGAACCUCGCCUCGGCAUUGAAGGCCAACGGCCAAGAUCUGGCUGACUGGGUGGAAGAGUCCGCGCGCCGGGUGCCGCCCGUGCGCGGUGUCUAUCGCGAGCCUUGGAUCCGCUGGUGCUCCUCAGGAACGGUGCAGGCCUUCUGUUGGCUCUUGCUGGUACGUUUGGCCUUCCAGCCUCAGAAGGACGUGGAGGCCUUCCUUCCCCCUGACGUCGAUAGCCCACGUCGAGAGCUACGGUGA